CUGGAACCUAAUCCCAGAAAAUUUGGUGGUGGGGAAGGAUUAUACUGUGGAGGGAACAUGGUCUUUCUAGGAGUAACUGCCGAAGGUUCCUGCCCCUGAACCUGUGGUCGGAAGAGGACAAAUAUAACAGUUCCGCUCCAGAGAAGUGUAACUGGGAAUGGAAAACCGCAUAGCUGAGGAGGAGGAACAGCUUCCGCCAGUGGUCUCCGACAAUGUCUCCAGCUCGUCCACCCCUCCGUCCCGGAGGAAGGGGAAGUUUCCCGGAUUUGGGAAAAUAUUCAAACCAUGGAAGUGGCGGAAAAAGAAAAGCAGCGAAAAAUUCAAAGAAGCCUCUGCGGUUUUGGACAGGAAGUUAUCUGUGAGGCAAAGCAGAGCUGAACUGAUUAAGAAGGGAGUGUUGAAAGAGAUCCCUGAACAGGAUGGUGACAUCACCACCCAGAACAGCGCGUUGAAGAACGGGCACACGGUACCAGUGGGCAACCUGCCCGUCUCAGAGGAUGUGAAGUCCACGGCUGAAGGCGAGAAGAGAAACAGCGUUUCCAAACCCCCAGUGGAGGUGGAAGCCGAGCCCGAGAAAAGACUAAACCUCCCGAAGGCUGUCACUGUGGAGGAGCCCAGAAGAAUCAGAGAGAUGGCGGAGAGACGGCCAGUGUCGGAGUUGCCUCCCCGAGAACAUCCAUACAAGCAACCCUUGCUCCCCCCGAAGAGACCGCUUUCUGCUCCAAUUCCUGAAGCGGGGGAGGGGCAGGGGCAGGCCAGAGCGCCACUGGCUCCCAUCACCAUUGCCACUAAGCCUACGAUACCUCUGGCUUCGAGCUCCAUCUCAACGAGCAGUUCCUCCACCUUCACCACAGCCACCAAUUCCACCACCACCACUACCACCACCACCACUACGAACACCACCGUCCCUGCCAAGCAGCCUCCUGUCCCACCGCCAAAACCCAACCGGAAUAGCAAUCCUCUAUUUGCGGAGCUCACUCAAGCGCUGGGGCCCUCCUCUGCUGCCAGGCUGAGCAAACAGUCGCCCUUGCUGCCCCACAAGAGGAUAAGCUUCAACGUGAACGUGAACGAGGUUUCCAGCUGCGCCAAAGAUCUGCCUGAACUCGAGGAGCUUUGCCAGCAGCCCCCGUCUCCACCAUUGCCUACGCACGUUCCUCCCGCUCCUGACGGGGCCACCCAGCAACCUCCAGCAAAACCGCCAGGCAGGACCAUCCCCCCAGCGCUAUCCUUAACGCAGCCAAACCUACAGUCAGACAAGGACAGGACAGCGGCAGAGCUGGAGAGGUUACGACUGUCUCAACCUCCGUCAGACGAUUACCCGGAGCUCCUCCCAACUCGGCAGUCCCAGAUCCCCUUGCACAUAAUGAUCCAGCAGGCGCUGUGUAGCCCUCGGCCCGUCCUCUCGGCCAGCGAGGGCUCGAACUCGGCUCAGGCCUUGCUGUUUGACAGCAGCUUCGAAGAUGCCAGUAAGAACAAAGCUCUACAGGUCACCUUGCAGAAACUGAAGUGUCCGUCUGACGAGGAGACCACGGAGGACGAGGAGGAAGAGGAGCCGAGCCCAGAGAGACGGAAUUUCCCAAGCUUCCUUCCCUCGGUAGUCAUCAUUCCGGAGCUGGAGAGGCAGGAAGAGGAGGAGACGACCGACUCGGAUGAGGACGGGCCGGUGCUGUACAAAGACGACUACGAUGAGGAUGAAGAUGAGGAAGAUGACCAAGCCAGUUCUCUGGCCAACAAGGUGAAGCGAAAAGAUACUCUGGCCCUUAAACUGAGCAACCGGCCCACAAAACAGAGGCUGAUAGAGAAGAAUAUCCUCCCUCAGCAGUCAGACCAAGAGAGAAUGGAGCUCCGGCAGCAGAUCGGGACAGAGCUGAUUAGGCGACUGAGCCAAAGACCGACAGCAGAAGAGCUGGAGCAGAGGAACAUCCUUAAACAGAAGGACGAUGAACAGCAUCAGGCGGAGAAACGGGAGAUCAAACGACGGCUCACUAGGAAGCUCAGCGCCAGACCCACGGUGGCAGAGCUUCAGGCUCGAAAUAUCCUGCGUUUCCACGAAUACGUCGAGGUGACGGACGCCUAUGAUUACGACCGCCGUGCAGAAAAGCCGUGGACAAAACUAACACCAGCAGAUAAGGCAGCAAUACGAAAAGAGCUAAAUGAAUUCAAGAGUACAGAGAUGGAGGUGCAUGAGGAAAGUCGGAUGUACACAAGGUUUCAUCGACCAUAAUGACAAGUACAAGCUAGAAGCUGGCGUCUCUCUGUGCGGUCGGUGUCUGUGCGGAGAUGGGGAUGAAUUCCCCAGAGUAUUGUGCGGGAAGCCACAUUGUGCAGACACCUGUAUACAAAUGCAUUUAACACACAUUCAGUGAACCCGGUGCUACGGAUGGUGAAAUCGAUCCUUUGCUUCGCCGUUUCGUACGUAAAUCCUGCUUCCACCAGUUAACGCAUCCCCGAGGAAGGAUUCCCUCCCCGAUCCUAUUCUGCUCGAACGCUUGCUGUCUGUCCACACCUUCACAUCGGUCCAACACCCGCGAUUCGGGUGAAACCCGCGACAGUGCAAACAGUGCGGAGACGCUGGAAGUGCUCGUGGUGAUGUCUUUCUCUUAACUUUUUUUUCCCUGGAGGCAAAAAAGGACUGAUUGCGAGGUGGGGUGGGGGGUGGGAUUUGUGAGUACAACGCUGAUUUUAGCUGUCUUUCAGGGGUUUUUAUUCUUCUAAACUGUGGUGGCUGUUUAUCUUUUGCUUGGAUCGUCAGAGAGUGAGCGAGAGGAGGUAGAGCUUGAAAUUGAACCCGGCAAUGUGAUGCAGAUUCCCUAACCCUCUCUUCCCCCCCCCCCCGUCCCGUCUCUCCUACACGCAUAGCCCUCGCGCCUUUACAUCUCGGUUUCUUGAGGUGAUGCACGGCUCUCCAAACGAAGACAAAACCGCAGCUCUCCUGCCGUUAAUUCCGUGCAAGAGCAUUUUUUUGUUGUUGCUUUUUUCGUCCAAUUGUAUCGAGGAGCACUUUUCCAAACAAAAAUAAUAGAUCGAGGGAAGCCUCCAUUCGAAGAUCCGUCUUAUUCCGUGCCGUGAGCAUCUUGGUCCAGGACCUCACCACGGUGCAAAUCGACCCCCUUUCUCCACCCCCCCCCUCUCUAAAUUGUGGGGAAAAUGGUUUGUGCCGGGAGAGUAUACACGUGCCACUGGAGAAAUUCCAUGCCACCGCAAAUGACCACUGUAUAAAGUGUCGCUUUAAGAAAUAAGUCAAUAUGUGUAAAUCUGUCUUCCUGUUUUAAAUCUAAAUAUUGAAUAAAAAGUAUUAUAGUGGCUUUUUAAAAAAUAUAUAUAUAUAUAUAUGUGUGUAUAUCAGAAUCCACUUUAAAACACUACUGGGGUAUUUCAACGCUACUGGAACAUAGUCCACGGUUCAUUAUGUGGCUGUUUGCAACUUUGGGAAUUCCUGAUCGUUUUUUUUUUGCUGUGUUGUCAUUUUAACCCCCAGCUCGUUCCAUCGGUUGCUAAGAAGCUGAUAUGCUUCCCCCAGGCUGGAGGUGUGGAGAUGGUGACUUUUUUCCUCACCCCUUCUCCCCAUUUCUGUUUCUUGCCGUGUGCCACCAAGCAAGAAACAGACUCUUGGUGGGGGGGCAGGGGUGUUUUAAAUUUGGGAUGGUUUGGUAAAUUUGGGUCCUAUUGUAUUGCGUAUUUCUGGGACGUGCAGUGAAUCAGUUGAAGUAAUUUACUUAAGUGGCUCAAUUUGUUAUCACACCAUUGAGGCACUUCUCUAGAUUUUAUUUGCUUCUGCUUGGCCUUCUGGCACAAGCAGCUAAACGCUUGUUGAUGACAUCUUUAUCCAUGUAGGGAAAUGGGGGCGCGUUUGGUGUUUUAACUUUUUAACGCUGAGUUUCCUGGGUGGGAGUUUAGAGAAGGAAGGUAUAAUGAACCAGGAUCCCCAUUUUAAUAACUGUUCAGUGACCCCAAGUGGCAUGUUUGGACCCUGGGUGAGGACAGAAUUGGAUUGUGCUGCAAUGCCAUCAUCUUCUUUCCCACCCCGCUACCCCCCCAACCGACACCCUCCCCCAAUCAAAUAGGCCGUCAACGCUCAUUGUCUGUCCUUGCGUUUGAACGCUCUGUAAACCUGCCUAUAUUUUCUGAUACAACUGGCGAGAGAGCGUUGAACCUGUAGCACUGAGGUAGGAAGAAUGUUAUUUGCAUUGUGUGAGGUUGUCCUGAGUAUGUGGAACCCUUCACUGAUAAGAAUCAGCAAAGCAGGGAGAGUGUGGGGGAAUUUGAAGGUGAAAUCAAAAAGUGUAGCGGACUGAGAAGGUGAAGGACAUGCGGGCUGGUUUCAGUGUACAGGCCAAUCGCAUUAUUACGCAGUAGUUUCAGUCCAUAAACUCAGACCCACGUUAAAGAGGAGGUGGGGGGGAUGUUAAAAAUGGGUCUUCAGGUCGUUACUGACGUUGCUUUUCCAGUGCGUGUGUGUUCUAUCAGCGAGCAGCGCAGCUGACCUCCCGGUGUUAGCCGAGCAGGUUAUCAUGGGCCCGGCUUGUGUUAACAUUCUCAGAAUUGUUGGGGUUUUGGGCGGGCGACCCUGGCUCGGGUUGUGCUGCGAUGGAAGUCUGUCUGGAUCGGGCACUUUGACAUGGGUCACACCUUCCACCCAACCCUCCUCCCAUCACUGUUCAUUGUGGCUCUCUGUUCUGCUUUCUUUCUGUCUACAGCGCUAUUCCAUUGGAGGUAUGAAGAGGUGAUGGGGUGGUGGUGGUGGUGGGGGGGAGAGAGAGCGUGAGGAUAAGCUUGGAAAAUCCCAAGCAUUCCGCCUCAGCAACUCUGGUGGCCGCUCAGAGAGAAGCAGCGCUGGUUGGUUCAGUGUCUGGUUGAAUCAGUGCAUUGGCCUCGUGCUUCCUCCCCUCUUCUGCAGCAUUUGGUUAAUAGUUAUGAGUUGAGCCACAGCUUGGCGUUUGCUCAAUACCUCCUUUGGGUUGAAACCAGCGCUUGGGAAUAAGGCAGAACAAAGACACACAUUUUAGAAAAGAGAAUGCUUGCACAUGUAUGUAAGAUAAAGCAAAACUGUUGGUAUAUUUUCUUUUUUGUAACCAGUUGGGGGCUUAUUUUAAGCUUGUCUUUACCGCUUCUGAUACAGCUGGCAAAUUCAUCAUCAGAGGUGUGUGCUUUAUCACAUUAAACCUGACUGACAUAGAAAGAAUAUUAAUUCCGCCUGCUUUGUACAUAGGCAAUAAAACACAGCUGUACGGAAGGCAGGUUACAAAGACCAGGUUAAAAUCCAGCGUCCUAAUUUAGGAAUUGUCUUUUUUUAAAGAAAAAUCCCCACAAAAAACAACUUUAAUUUUUUGCAGUCUGUAUAGUUGAUGUAUGUACAUUUUCGUAUGAGGUGUAAAUAAUCGAACAUUGCUUUUACAUUUGUUUUUAUUUCAUGUAUUUUGUUCUCUAUAAGUGCUGCUUUCUCAUUAAUUUUUUUAACAAAAAAAAAAGCAGUUCCCUACUUGUCAUGACAGGGGCUGAAUCCAACAUCAAACCUACACCAUCUACUUUUCCACAUAAUCCGGUCAGUCAAUGCACUCCAGGAUAUUAGAGAUUACAUCCCUCCCCCCCCCCCGUUGCUAACAGCCACUCUAAAGUCACCUGCAAAGGUAAUUUAGCGAUUUGGUUUAAACUUUACAUUCUGAUGUGCAUUUAAGGAUCCGAGGAGUGAGGUGCGGCCCAAUGCAGGGUAACAUACUCAUAUUAUCCUGGUCCAUUUGAUUCAAUUCUUGGAACAAAUCUCUAAUUGGGCAAAUACGUCAUUGGCACUGCUCUUAACUCAGGUAAACCUUACACUUGGCAUUCCAUUGCCUGCACCCCUGUGGUGCCAAAGCGCUGUAAUGUAAAGCUAGCUCUUCAUCUGCGGAGAGAUCUGACUGACUGGUGUAGUUCUGAUGUUUGUACCAACCAGUUUCCUCCCUGGUUGGGGAGCUUUUAUGUUUUGUUGCUGUUGUCUGCAAACAGACCUGUGUGACCCAACAAAGCUGAGGAAGUGAUAGCUAAAGAAAAACUUUCCAGCCCCGAAGGGCAAAUCUUUCCGUGAAUAUAAAGACCAACGAACCUCAUUGCUUCUCAUCUUUAAUUCUCCUCACUCUCCUUCCCUCCCCCACCCCAAACCCCCCACUAUGUUUAUCUGCACACACAGUGUCUACCAUCUCACCACUUCUCAUUAACUGGAAGGUCCAGGCCAGUUGGGCUGUGGACAGCUCCAAGUUCCAUCUGGUGCUGGUUCGCAAAUCACUGUCUGGUAGUGUUCACGUGAUUAACGACAUUCAUCUCCCAUCGAUUCCUAUUCUUUUGACCCCACCCCCCCCCAUUCAAAAAAUAAAAUGUGAGGUGCUUCUUGGAGCCGAGACGAGAAAGUCCAAACUUUAUUUCUGAUAGAAGUAGUUGGUUGACGCUAGCAAUUCCUAUUGGGAAAUAGGUGCUGCGUCGCCAAUGCUGCAGAGCCAGUAUUUCCGAGCUCGAAUGUCAUGAAUCCAGAGGCCAACUCAAACAGUAACUCAGGUUUUAAGUAGUUUUCUGCUUCGUAGCAUAUCGGUGGGGGGGGGGGGAAUGGUCUGUUUGGGCUCCGACCAAUUUGGCUGCCAAGCAGAGAGCAGAAACUUCCAAUGCUGAGCUGGAAACGGCAUAAGUUCCAUUAAUGGCCUUGACAAAAUGUUCUAUGUACAACGCAACCAACUUUUGUGUUCAACUGGAUGUUUGUAGCCAUGCUUUUAAUGUUUUAAAAGAAACCUAUCCAUGUCAUGUCUGACUCCCAUAUGACCUGCUUACCGUUUGCUUUUCCAUUUCUUUUAAGGGAGAGGUGCCUUAACAUCUUGGCUUUGCUCAUUCAUUUUCCCGUAAGACGUGACAUUUUUAAACCUUGAAUAAAAAGAACAACCGUACCCUGA